AUGAAGGUCUCGACCAUCCUUCUAUGGACCUUCGCCACUUUGGCGGCCUCCACCGAGGUCACCCACAAGGCGGUUGUGGGCACUCCUACCAACCCCGAAGUCACCCCUCAGCUCUCCCGGACCGCCCCCCAGAAAGACAGGUCACUAGACGUAUAUCCCCCCGAACAACAAAAGGCCAUAUUGUGGCACUUCUUCCAACAUCACUUCCCCCCACCCCCAGACUGGAAACCAGAAGACCACCCAGUCCCGUGGAAGCGCGACGCAAGUCCUUCUCUGUUCAAUUCCCUUGAGAAGAGAAACGCGUGUAAGCGCGGCUGCGGGGUUGAUCAGCACUGCUGCUCUGGCGAUUCCCGCCUGCCUAGAGUCCGUUUAGGUCCUCAGAAAGAGCCGCCCAAGGAGACAGCAAAGUCAGAGCCAGAGGCAAAGGCUGAUGAGCUACGGCUUGCUGAGGUGGGGAAAGAUAUGAAGAAGCUGGAGGACUUGCCGAAAUCUCAGGGAAAGCUUAGUGCUACCUUUGGGGGAGCGGUAGUUCCGCGUGAUCACAGUGAUGAGGAUGAUGGAAAUGAUGGGGAGGAAGUCACUGCCGCUAACACCCUUGAAAGGGAACUGGAUGCGAGACAGAAGUGCCAAGAUCGCCCAUGUACAGUUAGAGGUCACUGCUGCACUGGGUAUAUGUGUCUGCAGCGCAAAUGCGUCUUCAUUCGCAAGGAAACUCGUACGCUUAGCGGUGUGGCGCAUGAGGUCCAGGAUAACGCUGCCCAGAAGGGAGAGAAUCUACUGGAUGAGUAUGGGAUUAUUACUGGGGACAACGACACUGAUGAGGAUAAGGACGAGGAUAAGGACGAGGAUAAGGACGAGGAUAAGGACGAGGAUAAGGACGAGGAUAAGGACGAGGAUAAGGACGAGGUUAAGGACGAGGUUAAGGACAAGGAUAAAGGUAAGGGCUCUUCUCCUGUAAACCUGUUGGUAUCUAGGGGCCCAUGCAACCGCGGGUGUAGAGUUAAUCAGCAUUGCUGUCCUGGUGAUUCCUGCCUCUAUGGGGUCUGCUUGGGCCCUCACAAGCCACCUCGUGCGUCUCGCCGCGAGAUCCAUGAACGCUAUGGACCUGCGGAUCAGACGAAAAAGUCGGAGGAGAGUGCUGUGAAAGCGGAUGGGACCGCCGAAGCAGGAGGGCGGGACAAGCGAUGCAUCCGACACUGUCAAAAGAGCGAUCACUGUUGUCGGAGCGACAAAUGUGUUUCAGGUGUUUGCUUGGGUGCCGGUGUAUUUUUCUGA